GGGAGAAGGGUUAAGAAUUGAAUGUUGAGCCAACAAGCUGUAAUUGAAACUUAUUGUAGUAAUAAAUACGAAGACGUAUCUAGUAGCUACGCUAUAAUCUAUAUAUUUGAAGUGAUGGUUAGCUUAAAACGGGGUUGAAUUGAAGGGGCUUCGGCAAAUGGAGAUUAAGAAGGAACAAGAGGAUGAGUGGCUGGAGCCAGUGAGCCCUACUGCUCAAUUCUUCAACACAUCAGCAUUGUCCAUUUCUGUUAUUGCUGUUUUGGAAUUUGAAAUUCCCAUUGAUGAAGCCAAAAUUAUGUCUUAUGCUAAGGAUCUUAUUCCUCUCAACCCCUUGUUUAGUUCUAUUAUGGUAAAUGAUAUAAAUGGGGAGAGAAAAUGGAAGAAAGUGGAAGUGAAAGUUGAAGAGCAAAUUCUUGUGGCUGCUCCACCUUCAAAUUUGUCAAAUGAGCUCUAUGAUGCAUAUUUCAAUGAAUAUAUAACAGAUUUGAGUGUACAAGAAUUGCCCCAAAAUAAACCAUUGUGGGAAAUUCAUAUACUAAAUUGUCCAACAAGUAAUGCAGCUUCUAAUAUAAUUCUCAAGUUUCAUCAUUCACUUGGAGAUGGCUAUUCAGUGAUGGGUCUUCUUCUUUCUAGCAUGACAAGAGCAGAUAAUCCUUCUCUCCCCUUAACUUUUCCUUCAAGCAAAAUUAAUUCAAAUCAAUCAAGGCAAAUUCCAAGUGGUGUCUCUCAAGUUUUGUUGUCUUCUAUCAAUAGUGUGUUAGAUUUUGGAUUGAGCUUAAUUAAAAGUAGUGUUCUUGAAGAUGAGUUGACACCCAUAAGAUCAGGGGAUGAUGGUGUGGAGUUUAAGCCAACUUCAAUUUGGACAAUGAAUUUCUCUCUUCAUCAAAUCAAACAAAUCAAAUCCAAACUUAGAGUGACGAUCAACGAUGUGAUUGCAGGAGUUCUAUUUUUGGGAAUUAGAUUAUACAUGGAAGAGACUCGUCCCGACUCGACCAAAUCCAACUCAACAGCAUUGGUUUUACUCAACACAAGAAUGUUUGGAACUUACAAGUGUAUGGAAGAUAUGUUGAAUCCCAAUUCAAAUACCCCAUGGGGGAAUCGAUUUGCCUUCUUGCAUAUUGACAUUCCUAAGCUCACUGAUUAUGAGCUUUCAAACCCACUCCAAUUCGUCGAAGCCGCACAAAAAUUGAUCAAGAGAAAGAGAGAUUCUUCUGCUGUUUUCCUCCUUGACAAGCUAAUGGAGAUGAUACACAAGUUCAGGGGCUCAGAGGCAGCAGCCAAAUAUGUGUACAAGACUAUAAAAAACUCAAGCAUAAGCAUAUCAAAUUUGAUCGGGCCAAAGGAGAAAAUUGCUUUGAGUGGUCACCCUGCAAAAGGAAUGUACUUUACCGUAGUUGGUAUACCUCAGAGUUUGAAGAUAACAGUGAUGAGCUACAUGGAAAAUUUGAGGAUUGCUUUUGGGAGCGAGAAAGAUUUUAUAGAUCAAGAGAAAUUCACUUGUUGUAUGAAAAAGGCUUUUGACCAUAUACAUGAGGCUUCCAUAUACGUUUCCAUUUAGACGCUAUCCACUAAAGCUAUGUUUAAUUCUUCAUCAUCAUUAUCAAAAAGACAUUGUUAUUAUGAUACAAGCGAUUCCGUUAUGAGGCGCUUUUAAGUAAAUGGAUUUGGAGAUAUAUUAAUGAAAGCAACAAUAGUCUACAGAGAGCUGACAAUAAAUAUGAGACUUUGCUCCCUAGAACAUUCCAAGUAAAUGUAAGUUAGUGCAAAGGCUCCAUGGUUUAACAUCUCUAACUAUCAUACUGAGAUUCUUAAAAA